CUUCAAGCUCCAGCCAUGGCAUUCCCUCUAUCCUCCACAAUCGUCUCUCACAAGCUAUCUCUCAAUAUUUCCAUUGCUCCCUCUACUCGAAGGCAGAAUCUGAAGCCAACCCAUUUCAUAUUUUGCUUUAAUCGGAAAACUCCAGAAAGAUCAGGCCUCUCCAGGGUUCAUUGCAUGUCCAAUAACAAUCACCCAAAGGAACUCAAAGAUCAGCAUAGUACUCUUACCAAUUCCUCCACAUCAACUUCUCCACUUAAAAACAAAUUUGAAAGUCUAAUUGCUGUGAUCCUUGUGUUUGUCCAAAUAUCUUCUCCACUUCCUUUGGUUGGUUGGGACGUUUUGCCCAUAUUGUCACCUGCAAAUGCAGUUCUUUAUUCACCAGACACCAAGGUUCCUAGAACAGGGGAACUGGCUUUAAGGAGGGCUAUCCCUGCAAACAUGAACAUGAAAACCAUACAGGACUCUCUGGAAGAGAUUUUGUACCUGCUAAGAAUUCCACAGAGAAAGCCUUAUGGAACCAUGGAGGGAAAUGUGAAGAAAGCUUUAAAGAUAGCAACAGACGAAAAGGAUACAAUUCUGGCAAGUGUACCAACAAACUUGAGGGAGAAGGGUUCCACAUUAUAUGCAUCUCUUAUUGAUGGAAAGAACGGAUUGCAAGCUCUUCUUCAAUGUAUAAAGGAUAAGGACCCAGAUAAAGUAUCAGUAUACCUUGCAUCUUCACUGGAUACAAUUGCAGAGCUGGAGUUAUUGCAGGCUCCAGGCUUGUCAUUUUUGCUGCCCGAGCAGUACCAGAGAUACCCAAGGCUUAUAGGGAGAGGAACUGUUGAACUUACAAUUGAGAAAGGUGAUGGUUCGACAUUUUCUCCAGAAGCUGGUGGUGAAGCAAGAAAGACUGCUACAAUUCAGGUUGUUAUAGAUGGAUAUUCAGCACCGCUAACAGCUGGAAAUUUUGCAAAACUGGUAAUUGAUGAGGCAUACACUGGGACAAUGCUCAGCUCUACCGACCAAGCUAUUCUCUCAUACAGUGGCCUUGACAAGAACAGUGGUAUCAGUGUUCCUCUAGAGAUAAAGCCAUCUGGGCAAUUUGAGCCCUUGUACAAAACAAAAUUAGAUGUGCAGGAUGGGGAGUUGCCAGUUCUUCCACUAUCUGUUUACGGAGCAGUUGCAAUGGCACAUAGUGAAGUCUCUGACGAGUACUCAUCACCAUAUCAGUUUUUCUUCUAUCUGUAUGAUAAGCGAAAUGCUGGCUUGGGAGGAUUAUCAUUUGAUGAAGGAGAAUUCUCAGUUUUCGGAUACACAACUGUUGGGAAAGAUAUUCUUUCACAGAUAAAAACCGGAGAUGUGAUCCGAUCUGCAAAACUGGUCGAAGGUCAAGAUCGUCUUGUAUUGCCAGAAUGACAAGUGAUUAUUGUUGUCUUAUCAACCCAGGAAUCUCCUUCAUUCUUUGUAUUUGAUGUAUUUCAGAAGGAAGCAGACUGAUUUUCUUGCUGCAGAUUGUGCUGUCAAAGUUUGUGUAAUCUGUUUUUUUUCUUCCAUCUGAAGUUGAAGGUUCUCUUGUUAACAUUGGAAAAACUUGCCCAAGGGUUUGACAUCUUUCUUUGUUUAUUCUUCACCCGAACCUCCAAUUUUUUCUCCUUUUAUCUAGUAAAUUUUCAUUUUCUUCCCUCUGUAAAGAUUUGGAAAAUUAAUUUUAGUUGUUUUUUCUUCUUUAA